GAAAAUUGCGCCAAUGCGUGGGCCUUGUUUUAUAUCCAGUUAUUUACAAUUACAAAAUAGAACACAGAACACAACAAACGUUGAAACGACGUAUGUCCGUACGGAAAUAUUAGAUCAGAUUAUUCACAAGUCUGUGUAAAUCAUCAUGUUCGAAAUUGCUAAUGAUUGUGAAAUAUUGGUUGAACAUUUUCAAAGUCAGAGAGCUUGAGCUUUGCCGACUUCGCACGUGAAUGGAAAGCAUCACAUUUUGAAUUAAUAUUUUGUGGAAGGAGUUCGGAACCACUUUUUGCAGGUGAACUGUUAGCUACAGCAAAAGCUAUAAUUUUGAAUCGAAAUAAUGAGUUUGCAUCUAGAUUGGGAGGAUUGUACCUUAUGUACGGAUUGUACUUUACUCAGAAAUCACAAUCAAAAGUUCGUUUAACUUUAAGUGAAUUCAAAGAAUUUACAAAGUUCACUUCUGAAUUGAAAGAAAAGAAGAUCAUGGAUGCAGACUUUGUUUUUCAGAAACUUUUUAUUGGCAAAGCGUUUUUGUUCUGUGUUUGCAGUGCACCAAACAAGUAUAUCCAAUUGAUUCAAAAAUGUCAGUCAUCCGAAGAAGAAAUUGGAAUUUCCAUGGAUGAAAAUGAAUGUAGAUUGAUUGGAUGUGAGGGUUUGUCAUCAAAUUGUCUAAAAAAUGUCCAUCUUGCGCACUCUAAAUACGAAGAGAAAAAACAGAUAGCAGGAUUUAUAACAACUCCCUCAUCUGCUGCUCCAAGUAAGAAUUUUCCCACUGAAAUUCGGGCAAUGUUAGAUGCCAGUACCAAGCAAGGAAAACCUACGAGCGAUGAUGAAUUAGUAAAUCACGGUGUUAUUCGAAAAGGAACACAUCUUACGACUCGACCAGGAAAACGAAAUCGAAGCCCGGCGAUUCAGGAAACCACUGACUACAAAGACUGAACAAUCAAUGAAUCAACCUAUAAUCUUUAAAAAAAGCAGUUUCGGAAAAAAAUUCACAAUCACAAUCAUUCGAAAAUAAACCAAAAUCUCAGUAACCAUAUAUUUUCUGUUUAAUAAAUUUUUCCCAUCACCA